GGCGCGGGAGCGCCGCCCAGUGCUGCCCAGGACCAGUGAGGGCUGCGGCCCCGCUGGCUGGCGGGAUGGCAAUAUCGCUGGCCUUAAGGGUGUUCGCAGGGCUGGUGGCUGCGGCUCUGGCGGCCCUGCUUUUGGAGCACUACGGCCUGGCUGGGCCGCCGUCUUCACUGCCCCAGCCCCACAAUCCCCAGAGGCCGCACCCCGCGCCGGGCCCCGGAGACAGCAACAUCUUCUGGGGCCUGCAGAUAUCCGACAUUCACGUGAGCAGGUUUCGCGAUCCAAGCAGAGCAGUAGACUUAGAGAAGUUCUGUUCUGAAACUAUUGACAUCAUUCAACCAGCUCUCGUCCUAGCAACAGGAGACCUGACAGAUGCCAAAACAAAGGAACAGUUGGGAUCUAGGCAGCAGGAGAUAGAAUGGCAAACUUACCAGAGUAUUCUGAAGAAGACAAGGGUCAUGGAAAAAACCAAGUGGCUGGACAUUAAAGGAAAUCAUGAUGCAUACAACAUUCCAAGUCUGGAGAGUGUCAAGAAUUAUUACAGGAAGUAUUCUGCUGUACGUAGGGAUGGCUCUUUUCAUUAUGUUCACAGUACUCCCUUUGGCAACUACUCUUUCAUCUCUGUGGAUGCCACUCAAAAUCCAGGGCCUAAAAGACCCUUUAAUUUCUUUGGAAUUUUAGAUGAGAAACAGAUGAAGGACCUCUUAUUAUUGGCCAAGGAAAGUAGACAGAGCAAUCAUACAAUUUGGUUUGGACACUUUACAACAUCCACUACCCUUUCUCCAUCACCUGGAAUCCGGUCAAUCAUGAGUUCUGCUACAGCUUAUUUGUGUGGGCACCUCCAUACACUUGGUGGAUUGAUGCCUGUUUUGCACACUCGUCACUUCCAGGGCACUUUGGAACUUGAGGUAGGAGACUGGAAAGAUAAUAGAAGGUAUCGGAUCUUUGCUUUUGAUCAUGACCUCUUUAGCUUUGCAGAUUUGAUCUUUGGAAACUGGCCUGUGGUCCUUAUUACCAAUCCUAAAUCGCUCCUCUAUAGUUGUGCUAAACAUGAACCACUAGAAAGACUCCUUCACUCAACACACAUCAGAGUCUUGGCCUUUUCCUUAUCCUCUAUUACUUCUGUCACCAUUAAAAUUGAUGGAGUUAAUUUAGGACAGGCUAUUCAUUUGUCUGGUCCUAUUUUCAUACUGAAGUGGAACCCCAGAAACUACAGUAAUGGGACACAUAACAUAGAAGCAAUCGUCCAGGAUUCUGCUGGAAGAAGUAAGAGUGUUCACCACAUAUUUUCUGUUCAAGAGAAUAUUCAUCUCACAUUUAAUCCCCUGGCAUCAUUUAUUCUUCUUACUGACCACUGCAUGGUGGCCCGGGUCCUUUUUGUGCUGAUUGUGCUGAUCCAACUCUUCAUUCUCAUUACUUUUAGGUACCUAGAAUAUCCAGAGUUUAAAGAACCUCCACGAUUUAUAAAUCUGAUGUCAUUUUCCCUUCAUCUCUUGAGCAAAAUAAACAUCUUCUACUAUUCUAUGUUGUUGAUGACCCUGUAUGUAGUAUUUGGACCAUGGUUUUUUGGUGAAAUCAUUGAUGGCAAAUUGGGUUUCUGCUUUUCCUUUGGGAUAUUUGUUAAUGGACAUUUCCUGCAAGGCGGUGCAACAUUUGUAGCUGGAAUUUUCCAGUGCUGGCGAUUGAACCCAGGGCCUUAUGCUUACAAGGCAAGCACUCUACCAACUGAGCUAUAUCCCCAGUCCUAUAACAGGCAUCUUAAUAUUAUGUCUCCAAUUGGAACUUUAAUUUCCACCUCAAACCUGUGGCUCCAGUCCCACUUUCGACCUCAUUCAUUAUCCGUUGCCAGUGUUGCCUUACAGAGCCCAAGACCUCUCCCACUUCUGGACUUUUCAUUUGUUCCUUUUUUCUGGAAUGCACUUCCCUCAACUGACUCAUUUCUGUCCUUCAGGCUUCACAGAGCUUAUCUCUUAUUUACCCUCUUGUGACCCAGUUAUUUCCUUAACUGAAUUUAUCAAAAUCUAUAAUUAUCUUUUUUUGUUUAUUUUUUCUUUUUUUCCUGUUAGACUGUAGCUCUACUAUGGAUCUUUUUUGACUUGUUCACUGGUGUGUGCCUAACCUAGAGCCUAGCACAUUGCCUGCUACAUAAUGGGUGCCAAAUAAAUAUUUGUUGAAUUAAUGAAUGAAUCACACAGCCUUUAAAUCAUAUUACAAUUUAGAUCUUCUAAUUAUAUUCUAGUACUCAUCAUUCUACCUCAAACAAAAAUAUAGAGAUAAGGAAAAAUAUACCGAUAUCCAAGUCCCUCCAUUCCAUCAAAAAAGUGUGUAUACUCCGUGUGUGUGUGUGUGUGUGUGUGUGUAAGUGUGCACUCACGUGCAUGUGUACCUAAUUCCAGUUUAAACACUGGCAGAUAUCUACUAUAUAUAUGACACUGUUCUGUAAGUCGGGGCUUCAAUGUAAGUUAAAUGAUUCCUAUCUUUACGUUGAAAAAAAAAGACACAAGCAAAUAUGCAACUAAUUGUAGGUCAGAUGUUGUGUUACAAGUAAGUGUGAUCAAAGUAU